CCCAUCUCCAUGACACUCCAAUAUCUUAAUCCCGAAACAUCCAUCUUAUACCCACAACAUUACAUACUCCACUUCAACCCUCCGUGCAUCCGUCCCAAAGACCGCAAACACGAAAGCAUCUCUUCAACAAUUCAUCUCUUCCAAGUCCGCCACAAUCCAUCCUUUAGGUUUCCACUAUACAACAUCAGCCUUCAUCCACCGUUCUGCCCCGCGCAGUCAUCAACCCAUCACAUACAUAAUUGCAUCCCCCUCUUCCUCGAAUCUUUCUGGUCAUGACCCAUCAUGGCUACCUCUAGUCCUUCUGGCAAUCCUCCUCCUUUCCCCCCCGCUGUUCCUCAUCCUGUACCUCCCCCCCCUCCUUCACCUCUCCAAUCUCAUGAAAUCGACCUCGACUCUCUCAUUUCGUCUCUACCCGCUUGCAAACGAUGUCGGGAUUGUCGUAGAGGGUGCGAUACCCUCCUUCCAAAGUGCAGACAAUGCACAAAGGCUGGCGUCGAAUGCGUCUUCUUUGACCACGGCAAAAAGGAGCACCUCAAUCGGAGUUAUAUUGCCAAAUUGGUAGAUCGUGUGCGCGAAAUCUCCGCGACAUCUGCUUCCAGCAGCGGAAACCCCUCCCCGCCCGUCUCUGGGACGGCAAUACACGCGCCCCUUGUGGCCGGGGCCACUCUGCCUCCGGGCUCUGCUCCAGGUUCCGUUCCUGCUCCUGCUCCGGGCUCAGCUCCAGGUUCCGUUCCUGUUCCUGCUCCGGGUUCCGCUUCAGGUUCCGCUCCCGUUUCUUCUCCAGGUUCUUCUCGGGGUUCUGCCAGUUCCGAUCCCCCUCAUUUCGAACACAACUUCGCACUCGCCGGCGGCAGUUACAGGUAUCUUGGCGCCGAAGCAUGCCUAGUCAAAUCGCACCGCCCGCCGGACUCCCUCGUUCGCAGUCCCGCCAUCCGGGAGGACGACGCCUACCCCUACAAUAUCCAGGAUAGUACUCCCGGAUUCUUCCACAAGUUUGUCCAGACAUACCUCAAUGUCCUCCAACCCCUCUACCCCAUCGUUGACCCCUCCCUGCGCUUCUUAGCCCCCAUCGUUCCGUCGGAUCUCACUCCUAUCGAGUUGUUCUCCCUCAACAUGAUAUACUCCAUAGGCUCCCACCUGAGACCAUCUGUCGAUCCCACGGUGCCCUAUGACACCUCUGAUUGGAUUGACUACCACAGCACGCAGGUCGACAAGUAUCGCGAAUUCGCGGACUUCUUCAUGAAGCGGGCCAUGGUGCAUUUGGAUGCCGCUACAGCAGAGAACAAUAUCGCAACAUUGAGAGCCGUCCUACUGCUCGCCAUCAACAGUCUAUUCGACCCUCAAUCGGGUAACCUCGGCCAGCAGGUCGCGUUCGCCGCCAGGCUUGCCCUUGGUCUCGAGGCCCGAGCAGAGAUGGGGGAAUUCGGCCCCGAGGACAAGCAGAUGAUUGAAAACAUGCAUAUGGCCAUCUUCAUCAUCGAGAACGAUGUCGCUUCGACGCUCGACAGACCAACCACCUUCCCAGAGCCUAAAACCGAAGUCUUGUUCGAUGCUAGCAAGCCCUCACAAUAUCUCUGCUCACUCUUUCGUCUACAACAUCGUUACCGCAAAGGGGACCAGACUGUCAAGAAUCUACUUCCCCGGUUCGAUGAGGCCGCCAACCUCCCCCCUGGAUUGCGUCUCCCCCUGCAUCAAACCCAUUUCCUCAUCCAACCAGUCUGGAUGUGCGCCUGGCACGUUCUCGAGGCUGUCGUCAGCGUCGGUGCGAUGCACUUCUUCACGACGCCUCACUGGGUGUACCGUUCUGUGUGCGUGAUGCUCCAGAACAUUCCCUCCAUCUGGGUGGAGAACCUGAUCCAGCUCUAUGCCAAUGCCCUGGUGGUGCUGCAACUGUCGAGUUACAAGUGGCCCAGCACCUUCUUGCUUAAUAAUGCUACCGUCGACCUGAUGAGACGCAUGAAGUUAAAGUUCCGCCCAGGUUGGGAGGGCAAGCAGAUUCAUUACGAUGUAAGGAUAUAGACUUGGCUUGUGCAAGUCUGCGUGCAUGAGAAGUAGAUUUUUUUUCUAUUGGCAUUGGCUCUGACAGUGUCCUAUCAGUGUGUUGGCCUAGUCCGAAUCGAUUCCAAUUCUCCCUCGCCGCCGGCAGCAGCCAUCGAUCCUGAUUAUUAUCCAUGGCUUAUCUAGGCUCCAUGAGCUGCCAGUAAGUGGCCAUGCUAGUGGCGGGAUUCAUGGAACGCCAGUUGUGUUUUUUGAUUAUGCUUUACAUUUAUUCGCAUUCUUUCAACGGCACUGAAGCUGUCGAUGUUCGAUGCGUGGUAUGUUCUGUUUUCCACUACGGGGUGCCGUGAUUGCGAGGUAUUCAUGCAAGCAGCGCGAUUGAAAUUCACUUCAUCUCUUUCUAGCUAGCUAUGGAUGCAAAAGCAUUCUUGGACGGACGUAGUUGUAAUUUUUAAUUCGAGCCAAGCACUGCUGCUCAAUACCUCGUAGACAAUAGAUCCAUC